CCCGGCGUCGUUGGGGGCGGGGUCUGGACCAUGCCGAGGCUCGGUUUCUCGGGGCUCGACGGGGAGGAGUUUGAGCUUUUGGCUUGAGGGGGCGGGGUGCCGGCCGGCUGUAGGCGAGCGGCCGGAGUUCCUCGGGAGAGAUGGCGGCUACCUUCUUCGGGGAGGUAGUGAAGGUGCGGUCCCGAGCGGUGACGGAGGACGAGGAGGACGAGGAGGACCCCUGGGCGCCCGAUAACCCGGAGGACCGAGAAGUCCGGCGCGAACUCGAGAGGAAGAGAGAAGUAGAGGUCCUUCAGACGCAGACAAACUUAUCUUUGGAAAUUCCCCUGCUAGAGCAGUAUCCAUGUUCAAAGUUUAUAAUGGCAGUAGGAAAUAAUGCGGUAGCAUUUUUGUCUUCAUUUGUUCUGAAUUCAGAAACUUGGGAAGAAAUUGGAUCUACUAAGCUGUGGAAUGAAUGGUGCAGAACAACAGAUACAACAAAUCUUUCCCCAACAGAUGCCUUUUGUGUGUUCUACCGUCUAAAGUCAGAUCCUACAGUUUUCCUGUGCCAGUGCAGCUGCUAUGUUGCUGAAGAUCAACAAUAUCAGUGGCUUGAAAAGGUUUUUGGUUCUUCCCCGAAGAGAAAUUUACAGAUAACUAUUCUUACUUCUCGUCAUGUGACUGACUAUAAAACUCCAGAAUCCAGUUGCAACCUUCCUUCUCCCUUCCUGAAAGCCCUAAAAACACAGAGUUUCCAGGAUGCUGCCUGCUGUACACUUUUAGAACAGCCAAAUAUCGUACAUGAUCUUCCUGCUGCAGUUCUGAGUUACUGUCAAGUAUGGAAAAUUCCAGCAAUUCUAUACCUAUGUUACACUGAUAUAAUGAAACUAGACCUAGUUACAAUUGAAGCUUUCAAACCAAUACUUGGUUCAAAAAGCUUGAAAGGAUUAGUUAAGAAUGUUUCCCAUGGUACAGAGAUACUGAAGAAACUGGUGACAACAAAUGAAAUUCAGAGCAACAUCUACACAUGAUUUUGUAUUGAUUUUUGAAAGUCAUGGGCGUGAGUGGCAGAAAGAGAAAUACCCUGUAGUUCUAACUAAUUUACCUAGUGGAAGAAAGCAAAAUAAAGAGUUUAUUUUAAAGUAA